AUGUCUGCGACGAACCUUCUUUGUUUUCGACCCACUCUAAAAGCAUCUGACGUGGCGUGCAGCGCAGCAACCAGCGAGGCAGCGGAUUUCCAACUUCCUGCUGCUGCUUGCAACGGCGACGGUGAGAUGCGCUGCAGCAGCGUACUUCUGAAGAGCGUGAGGCCGCUGCUGGAGACUCUGGCGAAGCACAUGCAUGCGUCCUCCCAAGGCCUCGCUGAUGGCCAGCACAAGCCCAUGAAGGUGCACGUGGCGGUCUCACCUGAUGUGAAGCGGCCUGGAAUCGGCCGCUUCGGAGGCAAGCCUGCUGCUGUCGUGCUUGCACCUGUGGUCGUCACUGCUGCUCCCCUCUCACCAUCUGCUACUGCUGAAGUCACACCGUCUGCUGUGGUUGCGCCUGUGGUGGUGCCUGAGGUAGCGCCUGUGGCUACAGUGGCUUCAACCACACUACAGGUGCCUGAAGCGUGUGUGACCACAGAAGCAUUGCCAAAGGAGGCAAGUGCACGUGUUGCCGAUUCUAGUGAGAAAGCAAGGUGGGUCAAGCUGUGCCAGGAGGUUCGAGCUAUGGAUUGUGAAUGGGCCAGAAAGUUGAGAGCACGUGCUGCUUACCUGAGAUGGGCCAAUCUGAACCAGGAGACGUGGUCGAGGGAUAUUGAAGCCGCCAUUGAAGCCUGCCUUCCGGCCUGGAUCGUGCGUGGAAAGCCAGUGUCUCCUGCAUCUCCAACAACAGCGAGUGUAGCGGAGUAUGCAGCACUAGCUGUUUCCUCCGCAGCAGCAGCAGUGGUGAAAUCACCAGCUGCGGCAUCACAAGAGAUGGGGAUUUCAGCAACAGGCAAGGUUUAA